AUGCCACCGAAGAGAAAGGCCGCUGCUGCGAAGGAUGCGGAGGUGGAGGAGUGCCCUGCGGCUGCUGACGUGACGACGACGACAACGAUGACUCCGCCGGCAUCUCCCCCGCAUGAUGGGGCAAACAGUAAUGCUUCUGUUGCGGAAUUGUACGCCAAAUUGCAGGCCGCCGUUGCGGAGGACCCCGCGAAUUUGAACAACUUUGUGCGGGAGUUGCUGAUGUUGCUGACAGAAGCGGAGAACGCCGAGGCUCCGCUCCUCGUGCGUGUGCGUACUUUGGAGUUUGUUAGCCGCUACGGACAGCACCUGCGCGACGGCAACGCCCUUAAAAGGAUCGAGACAUCCCUGGUGAAGAUUCUCAGUGGAACAGAGGACACGCCGCAGCUGCUUGUGGCGGCUGUUCAGGGCAUCUCCGCGCUCGGGCCCGUCUCUGUGCUGGACAAAAAGUGGGAGUAUCUGUCGCGCGAGGGGGCAGAUGUUCUCAUGCAGGUGAUGCUGGACGAGGAGGGCUUCGCAGAGAACGUGCGCACGGCCGCCGCUAGCGCGCUCGACAGCCUUGUGUGCACCGCUUUCCGUCCCGUUGUGACAAAGCUGCUGCACUGGAUCAGCGACGACCGUGAGACCGAUGAUGAAGCGCAGCUGGCGAAGGAGCGCCGCUUGGCCAUGACUCGGCUGCAGCGGCUGGCACACGCUGCGUCGCUGCGCCCGCAGUGGACGGAGGAGGUGCAGGAGCAUGUGCUGGGCCUCAUCAUUGUCGUUCUCUCCGCUGUGACAGUGCGGGAAUUCGUGCAGCUCGUCGGCGUCGCCGCCACACUUCCAAUCGUGCGCGAGAAGGGCUGCCUUCCGCUGCUUACCGCAUUUCUGGCGAAAAAUAAACUGGACAACGACCGCGCUCUUGAGUCGCUCAGCAUUAUUUCCAAUUACAUUAGCGCGACGUCCUACGAUAUCACGCCGGCGCUCGAGGAGGCGUCGCUGCUUACGGCGCCUGUUGAGACGAACACGGCAAAGGGUUUGUGGCACGCGAAGGCGCUGCUGCUGGCCGCCCGUCUCGCGACGCCUGAGAACCUUGAAAAGGUGUACGCCGCGGUGCUAGAGCAGUUGACGCGCAUGAUAGGCGACGGCAGUGUGUUGCCAGAAAACUUGACAACACUUGAAGUGCUGCUGUUUGCUCUCGUUACGGUGGGUCGACAGAAGCCAACAGAUUUGCUAAAGCAGCUCAACGACGAGGCCUUUGCAACGGCGUGCAGGAAAUUAAUGGAAUCCAUUGUCCAGAUUGAACCAUUUGUGGUGUAUGCAGUAAAAAAGCGGAUUCAGAAGUCCACUGCGGGCCGCAAGGAGGCGGAGGCGCUUGCCUGCUGCAACAACAUACGGGUAAUGCUGGGCGCCUUCACCUCUCAGCAUAUCCCUAUGGGAUCCCUCUCUGAGAGCUGGGCACACAAGCAGAAGCUACCAAUCCUCAAGCGUUCACGAGGCGCCACCGCUACGACGUCAACGGUGCCGGGCACAACAUCAACAACAGGAGGUGGCGUCGCGUCGUUGGGCGUGCUGCCGCCGCCGCCUGGCACAGAGGAGCACGCCAGGAAAAGGGCCCGCACACAGGGCGACCGGAGUCAUAAGGGUAACAGAAGCGGUGGUCGUCGUAACCGAAACCCACGCCGUGGUGGCUUCUAG